UCAUUUCUUCCUUAAAGUUAGUUAAACUAUGGAGUUCUCCAAGCUCUUGAUCUUCACGGCCUAUCUCGGUCUUCUCCUUUCCGUCGCAACCGCUGGGUCACAUCCUGAGCACCAUCACCACCAUCACCACCAUCACCACAACCACAGCCACACCACGGAGUCGCACAAGCUCAUGCAGGCGCACAAGCAGCAGGCAAGCAUUUCUGCUGUUUUCGCGUUCGGUGACUCCAGCGUCGACACGGGCAAUAACAAUAUCAACUAUGGGACCAGAUACCGGAGCGACCAUCUGCCCUAUGGUAUGGAUUUUUCUUACCACACCGCGACCGGAAGGUCCUCCAAUGGGAGGCUUAUCGUAGACUACAUCAUCUCGUCCCUCGGGCUCAAAGACACACUGACUGCUUAUGUUGGCAGCCCGAUAGAGGAGUUUCAAACUGGUAUAAGCUACGGCAUCUCCGGUGCUGGUCUCGACGAUAAUACUGUACGAGCGAAUUCUGUGCCGACAUUCGACCAACAAGUGAUUAGCUUUGAGCAUACCAUUCAGUAUCUGAUCAAGGCAGUGGGGGAGAAGCGUGCCAAGCAGAUAGUCAAGGAUGCCCUGUACAUAGUCAGUGUCGGGACCAAUGACAUGGUCGAUACCUAUUACCGCCCUUUAUUACAGAUCGGUUUGACAGAUAUCGGGAGUUAUCAUUAUAAUCUUCUUUUGAAACUCGAAGGCACUCUUCAGAGGCUAUAUAAGGACGGUGCACGUAAGUUUGUGGUGCUUGGGAUGCCCCCAAUCGGGUGCUUGCCCAAACAAGUCUCGGCCAUUUCCCUUCAGAACCUAAUACAUACCAUACUAUACGGACGUGACUGCAUAGAUGAGCAGAACAACGAUGCACAGGGCUACAACAUGAAGCUCCGAGAUCUCGUUUCGAGUAUAAAUUCCCAAGUUCCCGAUAUUCAUGUCGAGUAUGUGGACAUAUACGGUCCAAUGAUGGACAUGAUUUCUAAUCCCUACAGAUAUGGUUUUGAAAGCACGAUCGUGGCAUGCUGUGGGCUUCUAGGGCUACCAAUGGUGGGUGAUCUUUGCAACGAACUCACGCCCCGCUGUCCUAACCCAAACCAAUACCUUUUUUGGGAUUCUAUCAACCCUACGCAGGUCGUUAAUGCUCAACUUGCCGGGUUAAUUGCGAAUGAAGUGCUUCCAAAGUUUCACUAAUUUCUUAGGAACUUUUUUUUUUCCCCCUUAGGAACUCUUUUCUCUUAGAAACUCAAUGGAGGCAUCUUAGGUUUAUCUUUAUGUAAUAAUAGGAAUGGCUAGCUUCUUCUCGAGUGACAAAUAAGUCCCGCAUUGGACAUUAAUCUUUUGCUGGACUUUCAUGAUGUGGUUUUUGCUUCUGGAUUAUGCAAUGCUUUGGUGAGUUAUUUGCUCAAUGAACCUGCCCAUCGCCUGUU